CAAUAUUUUGUCAUAUGAAAAUUUCAAUAUUUUCAUAUUUCUAAGCGAUAUUUCACACUAAAUUAUUUUCAACCAAAAUGUUACAUAUAACCCUGCCAAUCUUGAAGUUGUCUUUGUUGGGAAUACAACAACUGUCAAGUCAUGUUAGCAAAUUCAUACGCAUGGAAGCAAAACAAAGCAAAACCUUUAGAAAUUAUAUGUGUAUGCCUGCUGCUCAGUGUUAUCACUGGCUAGACGUUAAACUAAAGCUGUUGCUUUUAAAUAUGGGCCGACACGUUAAGGUGGCGCCACUCAACGAGGCAGUAGCCACCGAAUUGGGCGCCGAAGUUUUGGGUGAAUUUAUAGUAUUUGUUGUUGCAAGCACAGCAAUUAUUUUUGAAACAAACAGGCAAUCAACGAAAAAAAAUAUUGAAGCCUUGAGCGUGAAUAUGCAUCAUAAGGAUAUAAUUGAAGCGAUGGAAGUGUUAAAAUACCGACAGGAACAACAGAAGGCAUAUAUUCAAGAGAUCACACGAGCGUUGGCAGCAUUAGAGAACGAGUAACAGAAUACGGUGUAUUUGACCUGCAUUUCCCCAAAAUUCCCGCCGCCUUCGCUAAGAAUGAAAACCGACUUAUGCAUUGAUGACAAUUCUAACACAAAAAUGGAGUUAUCCCUAUUUACCAGCUGAAGGAGAAAGUGGGGCCAGCACUGAACGUGUAGAUGGUGGAUUUAAAAUAUCAACCGUUAAUUAAGGUACUGACAGGCACAUUCGAAAGCCUCCAGCCCUUGUCUAGCACUACAAAGACAAGCAACAAACUACGCAGGCAAAAAGUCACCUGUUGUUGUUGUAAGAGUUGGUUGGUUAGUGUUUUGGGAGCAAAGUGCUGCUACAAUAGAAUCCAUAACAACUAAUUUUAAAUACAAUUUUC